GGUUAUCAGGUCGUACCAACUCGGAAAACAUUUUUGUGAGAAAUGUUGCACCAACAAGUUAAUAUGAUUGGCCAGUUUCCCAAUAAUAAUGACCCGCGGCUCAAGAAAUGAUUCCAAAGCCCAGUUAUAAUAUUCACGGAAUGCCGACGGCUCGCGUUUGAAUAACUAUGAGUGAUUUCUAUUUCCGCGCAAUCCACGCAUAUUUGAGGACAACUGACGAGGACUUAGCGCUAAGGUAAGUAGCUUAUAAGGCAAAAGUAGGUGUGUUGCCCCGUUAAAUAGCACGAUCUUAUCUCACGAGUGUACUAUAGCUACUUCAGCGCACUCAGUUUGGAAGUAAACGCAACAUAAUAUUUGUUUUCAUCAAAGACGGUACUUCCAUUUCCACUUGACAUCACUAAAGUUCUUUCGCAACUCGUGAAUUGUCAGUUUUGCGGAGAUUUUGAAUUGUCAACUUGUAUAGGCGAUGUAAGCUUUGUUUUACUCUUUAAAGUCGAGAUGAGCUUAGCCCCUCUUAAGAAACGCUAUUAUGAACAAGAUGGAAAUUUAAGUUUGAGAUCUAAGUUGUGUUAUUACUGAAGCAAGUGCAGUUCCAGUGUUCUAAUCAAACCUCAAAAAUGUAAAAAUUCCAUAUUACAGCACGGUUCAUUACUCGGAAUUUCUAUUUGGUAAGGACAAGAUAGGUCAUUUUCUUGAGCGAUUUACAAUUAAAUAAGUAAGGGAAAGUUUAAGCCCUGCAGUACUUUUUGACGUCAUUACUUUUGCGCGCGGCAGUCACGUUUUCUAAAUUCAUUAAUUAAAUACAUUUUCUUAAUAGCAAGGACACUUAUUUAACAAAAAAAAAAAAAAAACAAAAGACACUGAAUACGCUUCGGCUGAGUAACGACGGAUGCCAAGUUCGAACUUCCGUAGCCACAAGCUCUUCACAGCUACAGUAUUUCAAUCUUCUGAUCAUGUCGACAGUUCCUCAGCAAACAGUACGCUGCAAGAGGUAAUUCUUGACCGAAAGCCGCGCUCAUCAAAAAGGUACUGAAUUACAAAGUAAAAACUUAGAAAUGGGUUUACUCAGUGUUUACAUUACAAACUGUCUGAGUAGCUUCUGAGCACAUUAUGCUAAAACAAACAAUGAUAUAAUUUUGUUCUUAAAUGAUCCACUAGGAUCAAAGCCUUUCAACAACACCGGUGUUGUGGCAGAAUGUAAUGUCAUUCUUGUUGAAUGUGGGGGCUACUUUGAUUCUAUGCAAACUUAUAUUACUUGCACUGGUAACUUUCUUUCGUACCGCCAAAAUAAAUGUAUUUUCUUGUCCGAAAAACAAGCACCUUUUGUUUUCCAAGCUAACGAAGAUUGGUGUGAAUUUCAUUUCUUCAAACCAUCUUCGUCGACUCUUUUUUCUUAGCUCGAGCUCUUUACAUAUAGUUCAACACUCAAAGACUACUCUCCACUGACUGACUCUCUAUGGUUUAAGCCAUCGUUGGACAUUUGGGUAGCAAAAGCACAUAUUAUUAAUCAGGUGUAAGAGAGUGUACCAUUUCUGAUUAAUCCGAUAACAAAUUUUCGAAAGGCCACUUCUCAACGCCGGUUGGAACGCUUCAGUACCAGUUCCCAGUCAGGGUAAUUAUGCUUAAGCCCCCUUUCUCGCUAGUCUAUAUCAAAAAGGAUUACUUUCUGUGGAGGCAAACUAACACUAAGGUAACUCUGACAGGGAUAAGUAGUCUCGAUUUUUCUCGCAAGUUCUUGAUGUGCUCUAAAUGCUUCUCGACUAUAAUGUUUAUCACUCAUGAAAUAGAAGCACUUAAGGAUAUAAGCGAUAAGCAUCAGCUCGAAUACAUAAGUGAAAAGAUAUAAUUAUAAGAACUGGAGAGAACUUAACUCAACGUGAGAGAAUAGGGUUUAAAACUUCUAGAGAAGUCGGCCAUGGCAAAAAAUCUUCACUUACCGGCACGCCUGAACAAGUGAAACCUAACAAGCAACACUCUAGUUCUGCAGUUGACGAAGCUGACUAUAUUGUUUUUGUAACUUUGAUGUCUUCGAUGUCAGUCAAUUCCCCGUUUUAUCUUUUUUAGUUGUCCUUUAUCUUUUGAUUCUACUUUUUGAACCUUUGAAUGUGAAUGUUGGUGGCAAGCACCCCCCUGUGGAGCUUUAGUGUUUAUUGAGCUGUAUCAAGAUAAAUCCCUAUACUUUCAGAUCUGUGUAUGAGUUAUACUCGCUGUCAGUAAAAAGACUGAGCAUUAAUUCAUUGUUGAGCUAGUGUACAACGCAAAGGUGAUUCUAACGUCAGUCUUACUAGCAAGCUUACGUUCGAAAUCCUAACAAUUUACUGGACUUCAAAAUAAAUAGUAUCAUUGUAAGUGUAAUUACACAACUGGCUUUUGUUUUUUCAUUUUUUGUUUUCCGGUGCGGAGAGGGUUUGUGAGCUUCAGUGAGUGUUUUUUCUUUCCAUUGUUUUUUUAUUAUUCUCUGUUGUUAUGCGAGUGUGCGUUUUUUUUUUUCUUUUUUGCAAUCAUUGUCUUUUCAGCACGACUUCUAGUUAGUUCAGCAACGCAACUAAAUUGCUUAUCCAUUAUCACAUGGACUGUUCAAAGCCAUCCAUAUCUUCGUGAUAUGAUGAAAGUGCAAAUAAAGACUCGUGCGCUCCACCCCUUGUGCUUCGUGCUCGCUAGAUGUAUUUGUCGCGUGCCUUAUAAUCUGCUUCGAGAGUUUGUAUUAUAAAGCAGUCUAUUUUUAUCUAGCGCUCAAUAUAUUUAUGCAACUGCUACUUAUCAUGGCGCAACGCGAGUCAAUUGCGCGAGUAUCAUAAAGAAGAUAAUCUUGCAUUCUCCGGUGCUUGAGUUCCACGAGGCUAAUGUUUUUAUGCUUUUUUUACUGUAUUUUUUUUACUGUAUUUUUUUUUUAAAUUUUUUCAAAAUCUUUUUUCAGUCGUUAACAAAAACGUUCUUAAAGUGGAAAACAAAGAUUUGACUCCUACACAGGCCUUUGUUCCGUCUUUGUCUCGGACCAGAUCAGAUCUGAGCAAGUGAACGCGUUCCGCUUCACUUCCGUCUGUAUCGGCGCCAUUUGUUUCGCGCCUGACGCCAGUUAAUUUAUGAUUUAUAACUCAAAACAGUUAUUGUAUUUGAUGCUGAUCUCAAGGCCGUAAACAAACACUCACAUUAACACCUCGUUCUUUGCAGUUUGCACCUUAUCUUGCGCACAGACAUGCAUGUGUGGUAAUACUUGCAUCGCCGCUAGACUUAUCCUACCGCAAGCAUAUCUCUCUGUUUUAUUUAUUUAUUCUUCAACCGUUUGAAAUGGUCUGGAUUGUCUAUUCUGUAUCUCCGCGCAAGAUGCUGGCUUCAGUAACAGGGCGCCAAAUUACAUAUCGCUUGGCUGGUAAGAAUUUUUUUCUUGUGUCGAACUUUUUUCAUAAACCACUCUUUAAUCGGUAAAGUAUAAAAUGCUUCGUGUAAACUCGUCAACAGUUUACCUUUGUUUUGCUGGGCGCAAAGUUGUUUUGAGAAUGUGUAUAAAAUCUUAACUGUGGGAUCAGUCCCCGAGUGAUUAUUCAAUAUUUGGUAACAUGGGUAACAAUCAUUCUUCUAUUUUAAUCAGAAUUUUACCUAAGUAUCUUAUGAGCUUCAUUUGACAGCCAUUUUAAUGAUGUUUUACCUAAGUUUUUUAAUGAGCUUGUUAAAAGCAAGACAUCCAAUUUUUUGAUGUAUAGAAUGUUUUGCUCUACUUCAGUAAUAAACCACAUAGUUUUUUUUUUGCAGAAUACCAGUUGUAUUAAAAAACCGCAGGUCAUCUGGGGGGUUUGGAUCCGCCCCUGAAAAGUUUUAGCUUGGUUUAGAACACAGCCGUCUUUGGUGGUUCGCCUUGGAACUGUUGCUUUCUCUCUGUUGAUAAAGUUAUAUAUCAGUCAAUUUUUUACUAAAAAAAUUAUUUGCGUUAUGAAAUGCCUUAUGUGUUUCGGACUGGGAUCGAACUAAAGAAAACGGAUAAAGUACCCGGAUCGGGGAAACUCAACAUAUGCUGUGCCGUUGAAGUAUGCUUAUAGCUUCGUCGUUGCUUAUUGGACGGACUAAAAACUGACUCAGGAAAAUUUUCCCAAAGUAGUUGAAAGAGAAGAUUUGCUUGUGUUUUAACUGCCAGAAAUGUAUGAUUUCUCGGUAACUAAGUUCCUCCCUUGAUACGCAUAAGUUAUCACCUCCAGUCGUCCGUACUCUUCUCCGCUUUCGUUCAGCCCCCUAGAACUCUUUCCCGCUCUAAAUGAAUUUCCCGCGCAAAGGUAAUGUAUUUGUUAUCUUACUUCCGGUUUACUCUAUAUUUGUCGCGCAAUGAUUUCCAUAUAUGUCAAUUCGAGACAAGCGGAAGUAAACUUGUCCUAGCAAAGGCGCGAAAUGAAGAUUGUGAAAUGGCGGCCUUCUUUUCUGUUUGCUGUUUUAACCUCGGAUAAGUCACCUCCGACAUUAUAAUGUUCAAGCUCUCUGAAUAUUGCUUUUUCCUAUUUUAUAAGGUGAGUGAGAUGUGUAUUCACAUGCUGCGUCGGCCGUACAAUUUACAAACAACCAGAUCACCUGAGAGCUUGUUUGUGGAAGGGAUGAAGACAAGUGAGCCCAUAUUGUUAAAGCGGCAGGCUUUCAGGAAAUAUUAAACAAUUGCAAAAUUUCACUUUCUUAACGGAGAAAUUCAUUAUCCAGGUAGAUUUCGUUUACAAAAUUCUGGCGGCGAAACAAUUUUCCAGCGGUUGUAAAAUUCAAUGCAAAACAUUUACUGGUUCAGCUGUUUUCCUUUGUGAAUCAACGAAGCUUGUAAUACAAGCAAGUCUUUUGUUAAUGUGGCGUGAUGUUUUCGCUCGAAAGGUUUGCUUUCUGGUGGUGGUUAAAAUUCCCUUGAAAAUUUGGCUCGUAGAUGUUCAUCAUGGAAGUUUAUACGGGCUGAGUCUUACAGCUUGCAAUCGUUCUCCGAAAGGAUUUGCAUUGUAUAAAAAGUAACUCAAAAGGCUAUAUAUUUUUUUUAACCUUAGGCUUUUCGGCCGUGCUUCAGUAGAGCUCAAAACAAAACGUCCUCAAAUACAAAAGUUAUCUCUUCUUACAGAAAUUGUGGGGUAUCAAGCUGAUGUUUAUGGAAGCUAAAACGAGCUAAUUAACAUGAGCUAAUGCCUGGGUUUUUCGAUACAUGUUUUUUAAAAAUAAAAUCUCAAAUUUGGCGCCUAAACUGUAAACACUUUAAUUUGUAAAUACUUUAAGCUAUUUUAACACUCUACACUUAAAUAGACAGCAUAUAUUCACAAACAGCCUGAAAUUAAAGCAAAAUAAUCCAUACAUUUUUCUAUGCUUUGGAAAAAUAUACCUAACGAUCAAUUAUUGUCAGCUUAUGUUUAUUCAGUAGUUCGUAUAACAUUCAAAUUUUGGCUUAACUGCAGAAUAUCUGGCCACUUUGAAGCUAUACCCCUAUAACAGUGGCUACGCGGCUACAUAGUCCCCUACGCAGUGAUUCUUAAUCUCGUCACGCAACACUCCCUCAGACAACCUAUGGAUGUGUGAUUACCACACCUCUUGACUUGUAUUUGAUUGAAUGUAAAUUCUCUGUCAGUUUCGGUAAACUCAGCCAUGCAGAACACAACAAUGAAUUCAAAACAAAUUUAUUCACAAGGUGUCACGCUACAAGUUCUUUAAUCCCACUAUGACACUUAUGGAAAAAAGGAACAAAAUUAAUUCAUUAUAAUUAUCUCAUUCUUUAAGCAUUGAGCCAAACAAGCUUACUACACAUGUAAUAUACCUUGUUCUUUAAACCGUGAGCGGAAACAACCACAUGCGCAUGUAGUAUACCUCGUUCUUUAAGUCAUGGAUUCACCUAGGCACCCUGACCUGUAGCUACUGAACUAGUAGCCACGUAGCCCCAUAGCUGCAUAGCCAUAUAGCCACAUAGUCACGUUGCCAUGCAGCUGCGUAGCCACUGUUAUAGGGGUAUAGCUUCAAAGUGGCCAGGUAUUCUGCAGCUACUCCCAAAUUUUUAAUCAUCUAAUAUUAGAUUCUAUUUCAUGAAAUGCCAUGAUUGUUUGCACCAUAACACAUACUUAAUUCACAUACCAAUGUACUUUACUGUUUACCAUUCAAUUUUUAAUUUUUUUAAGACUUGUGCAUGAUGGUGCUUUAAUGUAUCAAAGCUGAUUAAUAAUGACAAGUAAAUGUCAAUUCAUCUGCAUUGGUCCAUGGUCCCCUCAUGUGAGGAGCCUCAGGGGGUGUUUACAUGACACUGGGUCGACUUUUGCACUGGAGCGACUAGAGUUCACUCCACAGCGUGCAAAGAAAGUUGUGUCCGAUAGCCUGGGGCUAGUGGAUUUUGCAAUAAAAAAAAUUGGGCUAACGUAAACCAGGGCAAGUGAAGUUUUUAGGGAAAUUCAAAUAACAGAAGAACUGUAAUCAAUGCUGCUGUCAUCAAAAAUUUUGGGGGGCUAUACUUAAAAGACUCUUGGGCUAGUAUAUACUAGCAACAACUCGCCAGAAUGGCAAGCCGUAAAACUGACUUUCUUUGCACCCUGCGCCGAUUCCCUCUCAUGGCUCUACAUUUCUUUACAUGAUACCACCACAAAAUGUCAUGCCGACACGAGUCACCCAACCGUAAGUUCACCCUGUUUGAUGUACCGAGGUGAGAAAUUCACUCCGGUACGAAACAUCACAACAGUAUCAUUUCAAUGGGAAACAACCACACAUUUAGUGUGAAAUCGGUCUGCCGGUAUACUGCAACGGGUAGCGCAUGCGUAAUGUUUGCGACUUUGAAUAACACAUGUAUUUUCUCACCAUGGAGUGUAUACCUUCAAAUAGCGAGAUAUGAAAUGAGCUGGUCAUUCAGUAAACGCGAUACGAAAUCAAAAAGUCAUUGCAGUAUGAAACUCGUGCCUGUGCGAGUUUUCUCAUGUAAACACCCCCUCAGUCCCAAAACACCCACCAUGCAAGCUUAUAUAAUCAUUCUGUACCUACAGAAGGCAAAUUUCUGAUUGUGGUUUGAUAACAUUGUCAAUUACUUUGUUAAGAUGACCAACUAUUAAAGCAAAGAUUUGAAACCUUCCAAAUGGACAUCAAACAGUCUUUCGAUGCAUUUAUUCAACAAGUUGGCCUGGAGGAGGAAAGUGCAAAGAAGUCUUGGGAGCUGUGGGAAUCUUUUUCUUCAAAAGCAGCAGAAUUUCCAAAGGUGUAGUACGUGUAGAAUAAUAAUUAUUGUGGUUCUUAUGACUUAAAGCAGCAGGCUUUAUCACAGCCUGUACAUAUCUUGCUUGGAACUCGUGCUUUAAUCGGGACACCUUUGGGAGUAUCAAAAUUUCACUUUUCCAACAAUUUUGUGUCCCAGAAUUCAAUGCAGAUAUGCAACUUCACGAGCUGGCGCCGCAGAGGGGUAAACUUGGUAGACUGUAGUGUGUUAUGUAUUGAGUGGAAUUCUAAAAGAGCACUUUUAUAAAAAGAUAUAAGGUGUUAAUUUCAGGGAUGACAGAUUUUGCUCAUUUAAAUUAUUAUAUCUUGCUGACAAUCUUUAAAUUGCAAAAUCUGCUCAAUACAUAACGCACUAGAGGUUUUGACCUAUUAUCACACAGAGUCCUGUCUCCUAUUCUUUCCACAAACACUUGGACACAAAAUCACAAUUUCCCAAUUUGGUGCAACUGUGGCUUAAAGCAUUGCUGUAUAGCACAGUAUACCAAAUCAAAAAACAACCCUCCCUCAUUCCACAAUGUCUCUGUAAAAUUUUAUCUAAAUUGCUUCUAAAACAGCCAAGAUAUAAGCAUUUUAUAAGAUGUACCACAAACAAAUUUUCCUAAUGAAUAUAUUCUUAGAUAGUUGUCCCCCACGGCUGUAGCUGACUUGUAGUGGCCCAAAAGUCUUUUCAACUAGCCCGAAAACAUUUUGAUUUGCAGGAUUGAUUACAGUUCUAAUCUGAAAUUGAAUUCCCCAUUACUUCACUUGCCUGUCGGCAAGUUAAGAAUAGAAUCCACUACCCCGAUAGUAAAAUCCACUAGUCCUGGGAUAUUGGACAUUACUUUUUUUCCACACUGCUGCAUCUCCUUCAACAGACACGAUGGCCACCUUAUUAUACCGAACUUAAUGGCUUAUUAAAUUCCAGUCAAUCCAGGCAGGCUUUCUGUCAAGUAAGCAUAAUUCAAUAGACCUAUUCGGCUAACUCAAUGUUGUACCCAAUUCAAAUCUCCCGGGGAUAAGAUUCUUUGUGUAUUGUAUUUGCAUUAUAAUGUGGCAUUCACAUUUAAAUGAUAUGGAAAUUCCUGAAACAAAACGUUUUAUUCCCAAAGGGUUUGAAUUGGGUACAACAUUGAGUUAGCCGAAUAGGUCUAUCGGUAGUAAGAAUUAAAACAACGGUCACUACACAUACACGUACAUGUGCCAUUUAUGUGCUAUGAAAUUAGUAUAAGAGGUUAUAAUAUUAUUAUUUCUUUUGGGUUUAUCGCUGUCCUUGGCCACAGUCUCACCAGGCGAGAGGUUAACGUGAUUGCUUUAAUCUCUUUUCCCUACAGGAUGCCUUGAUUCCUUGGUUUGUUUGUGCUACUUAUGUAACAAUUUGCAGGAGAAGGUAAGUGUCCAUGUUUAAUUGCGCACUUUAUUAAAUAAUAUUAGUGUUCAAUACUUACAAUGUAGGGCAGCAUUUUUACGAUGCUAUCACAAAAGUCCUUGAGAAAAGGUCAAGCUGAAUAAUAAUUGUUGUUGCAUGGAGAUGUUACAGGUCAAAAUUAAAUCCAGGUUAAAAUUUUUGAACCUACAUGUAGGUUGAUUCUCAAUUUCCUUUUUUCUUAGCCCUAAUUAUUCAUAAAUUAGGGCCAGGAGACAAAUGACAUUGAGAAUCAACUCAGGUUCAAAAAUUUUUAACCUGAAUAUAAUUUUUGAUCUGUAAAAGAGACACAUCUUACAUAAUUAUAAUGAAAAAGAUUAAUCCAAUUUGAACAUUAUCAAUUACAGAAGCAGUGUGUUGACAGAUCUUGUGCUGUUUGUUUACUAUUAUAGUUAAUGGAAAAGUGUACUGACCAAAACAUGUCACAAUAAUAUUUUUGCAUAUACUAUGUUUUUCCUGUAGGCAUACUGCACCGCAGGCUAGAGAAAGCUUUACAAUUUGCUCCUUGAGCAAGAUUUUGAAAGCAGCCAAAAUGAGGUACCAAUAAAUAAAUAUAGUAACUGAUGCUUUAUUUAUUGGAAAGGUUGCAACACACUAUUAGAAAAGUCUCUGCCACAAAACACUCAACUGUGUUUAUGCAUGUAGAUUAGGUUACACGAUGAUUGUAAAGAAAUUAUUGUCAUUGUAACCUGCAGCUGUGUCAUGUCACUGUGACUUGUCACUGAGUGUGUCUCAUCCUAAAGUUGUUUAAUUUAUACAUUAAUUUCAAAUCAACUGAAGCAGUAAAAAUUUUUUUUUUCUUUCAUGCAAGAAUGGUAGAGUUCUUUCAAAAGAUGAAAGAGUUUGCAGAGAUUUGCAAUGUGGAAAAUUCUGUGACAGAGAGCCUGAAUGAACUGAAGAAAACAUUUUGUAUAUCUUCUGCCAUUUUUUUCAAAUUUAAGAGGUAAGAAAAAUAAUGAAACUAAACAGAGUGUAAAUGUUAAUCUAUAUAAUAGAUGAAAUUGCCUUGUAAAAUUUUCUUUCUAUGGGCCAGGGGCCGGAGAUUUCCGCCAACUACUGUGACCAUAACCCCUAGCUGUUUUAAUCUAACCUACAUGUCUAUUCCAACCCGCAGAACACACUAUGUAUGUACUUUUUCUUGAUAAUUGAAUUAAGUGAUUUUGAAGAGUCAGUGUGUAACCUCAUUCCCUCAUUCCUCCUUAAAUGGCUUCUUUUAUCUCUGUUCAAAAGUAAAAAUAGCUCUCCAAAUAGUGACUUGUGUCAAAGGGAAAAUGAAGCAUGACUUCUUGGAUCUUAUUUUUCUGAGGCAACAGGUCACACAUCAUCUUCAGGUUAUGUAGCACAUCAAUGACCAUGAUUACACCUUUUUCGCAAAAUUUCUUUUAACUAGAAAAAAAUGAACUGAUAAAAUGACAAGUGAUGGCUAGAGCAUAAUAGAGUCUCUGAGUUUAUGAACUGAAUGAUACAUUAUUUUGCAUCCGACCUUCAGAAUUAUCACUUUUCUUACUUACAGACAUUGCAGACAUGACAUUACUGCAUAGUGUUACAGUUUCUACGGAAACUGUAAACACAAUCUACAGACCAUUUUUAGGUUCUGAAGAGGGAUAUAAUUAUUUUCUGUGCUUCCUUUUAAGAGUUGUACCAGUUGUACUGGAGGAUGAUCAGUCAUUCAGCAAAAGGUAUAAGAGCACUCAGGUUAAUUUACAGUUUGUUAUUUAUGAACUCUGGUCAGUAAAGGCUAUAUGUUAGUUAAUGCAUGUUCAUGCAGUGUUUUCAUGACUUCUUCUGGCUCAGAUUAUAGUUGAACAAACCUUAAAGUUAUACAGGAGUGCAUAACUUCAAAGCACGUUAUUUUUGUUACAGUGAGACUUCAAAGGAUGCAUUCUUCAAGACUUGCUGGCUCUUGUUUCUUGUCUGCAAAGGUAAUAUUUUAUUCACUUUGCUGUAAAAAAAAAUUAGGAAAAAAUUUUAUUUUGUGCAUUGAAUUAAACUUUCCUCAACUUACAUUAGUCAGUAGAACUCUUGCUAACUGAAGCUCCUGAGGAAAGCAAGUAAAGGUUGAGAUCAAUGGGUUGGUGUUGAAGUUAUAGAUUAUUAAUAAUUAAUAAGGUAAAAUUAAUGAUUAUUAUAAGGCUACAUGUAAUAGCAAGGAACAGAAUAUAGUAUCGAGGUGGGGGAAGCCUCUUAGCAGGAAGCAGUUCAAGAAUCCAAGUUGAAGUCUGUGAGGUACUGCUGUAAGGUUAAAGUGUUGAUUAUUAUUAUUUUCCUGAACAGGCUGGCAAAUGCAUCAGGUGGGAGAUUUGAUGACAGCUUUUUACCUAUUGUUGUGCUGUGUGGAUUAUGUGCACAGACGACUUUUACCUUCCAGUCAGCACCCCACAGGUAAGAAGCAAAGAUGUAACCAUAGUAACCCAGGCCAGUGUGUUAAUAAGUAACCCUAUUUCUAGAGCGAUGUUUGCAGUAGGUGUGCAAAAUUUCUGUUCAAGAUUUUUUUGUGUCUUUGUUUUUGUUUUGCACUUGUAUGCAGAUGAUCAGCAUACAUACACUGUAGGAAACUAGCACUAAGCAGUAAGUGAAAUAAGUGCUAAAACAGAAAAAAACUGGAACUCGGUCCUCAUCCAAAAAAUAUUGAGUGCUACAAUGUUAAGUUAAGUAGUUUUUAGAAUUGAAUUGCAGAAAUACAAAGGCUAUCCUAAUAAUGAACUGCUACCGGUAUGUUCUCUUGCCACCAAGGGAGGGGGGACCCUUCACAUUAUUGUUGGCAGUGGAUGUUAAAUGUCUGUCUGACACAGUUAUUUUAGUAUGCUCGCACUUCUUUACAACUUCCUAUUUCGCUCGACCCAAUGUGUUGUGCCUCUCUUGUUUUAUGAGUAGGUUACAUUGUUAAUUUUUUUGUUCAUUGUUUUCCCAACUAAUCCCAUGAGUCAAGGUGCCUGACAGUAUUACAGUUGUAACAGGUUGUCAGUUAUUGUGAGACGACUAGUCACCUCCAUAGCAAAGGUUGUUAAAGAUUUCCUUAAGGCAAAAUCAGGAACUUAUGAUGUUGCCUUUUUACUUACAGAUCUUCAAGAGACAAAUAUUUCAUUGGUAAGUUUUAAAGACUUUUGUCUUGAUUCUCAAGUUACAUAAUGUUGGUGAGAAACAACACAGAGUACCCUUCAGUACUGUCAUCAUUAGUGAAAACUAAUCCUGGUCCUGUUUAUGUUAUCUUGCAUUUUUUUUUUACAUUGUAGGAAGAAGGAAUUCUUCCUUAUCUCUGUCAAGAGUCUAGUGUGCCUUACACCUCGGUAAGUCAUAUAAAAUUAAACUUUGGACUACAAUUUGAAUGAGUUUAUUAGUUUCUGUUUGUUUUUGUGAUCAUUUUCUCAUCCUUAGCAUGCGAGUUUUCUCUAUAAACAUGUUUGUUAUCUACAGUAUAGUCUUUGUAAGCCAAAACAUGAAUUUAUUCUUGCCAUAUAUAUAUCGAAAGCCAUCCUUAGGGCCUUGACCAUAUUGAGUAUUUCUCUUUCUUUUACAUUUUUAAAUCUUCAAGACUCGCCACAUUAUUUUCUUUUUUUCCUUAAAAUUUAUAAUUAUGCUUAUUGCUCUCUUGGUUGUUAGGUUAAUUCAGUCCAUGCACAAUAUUUUCAACCAUUUCUGGACAGUGAGGUAAGAAAGGUGGAUUAUUUUUGAGCCUACCUCUUUCAAGUUUCAAUGCAAAAAACAAAAUUUUAAUUUUUUAAACUUAUCCUAUGCAUAAAUUAUGUCGAUCUCAAAAUUUGUUGUGCAUAGCUGAUCUUUCUAUUAAUGGCAAUCACUUCAUUAUUUAACCCUUUAAGUCCCAAUAGUGACCAACAGCAAUUUUCUCCUAACAAUAUCUAUAGAUUGUCAAGAGCAAAGUCUAUGAGAAUUAAUAAAAUGAUCACAAAGAAAAAAUCUCUGAUCUUUUAUCAAAUUCUCUCAACUAAUUCUGUAAAGAAAUGUAUAGAGAUCAGUCUGGAGAAUUUGUUUGUGGAUAUUGGGGCUUAAAGGGUUAAGUACUGACUCAUCUACCCUUUAUUUGUUUGUUUUCCUUUACUGUAGGGUUGGAAAAGAGACCUGCUGAAUGUAAGUGAUUUACAUUUUGAAGUUUAAUGGUGGGGUUCGUGGCUAGAUUGUUAAUAAAAGGAUAAAAACAUUACAAAAAAUGUAGUUUUUAUAAGCAUCAUGGCCACCACCCCAUCCCCUCUUGAAAAAAAUGAUUUAGUUUUUGCAUGUCUCUUUCUGAAAGUGACUGAGAAAACGUAGCUGUCAUGAGUCUGCAAAUAAUGAAAUGACUUUUUCAAGCUAUCAAUGAAAUUUGCGUUAACAUAAGAGAGGUUCCAGAGUUCAGUUUUGGCCAAAGAUUGUGAAUUACAAACAAGCUUAGAAAGCUCAGUUUAGACUGACCCCUGGAAUCAUAUGCCUCUCAAAGGCACACAUGAGGGAUUAGUUUGUUUAUGUCAUAUCUCACUGGACUUUCUGUAACAUUAUUCUCUAUAAUAUACUAUACAAAGGACGUGUCUAUGUGUCUAAUGUACAUAUUACUGUCCAACCACAUGGAAACAUGUUUUGUUUAUUGUCUGUAGGUGGAUGAUUUAAAUACCAUGUCCAAUGAAAUUUAUGACAAAUGUGGAGAUAUUGAUGAGAGAGAUUUCUUUGAUGCAAGUGGCUACCUGUGGAUUCCUUUCAGCAAAGAGGAAAGGUGAUAAUUAUUGUUCUUACUGUACUUACUAUUGCUAUGACUGGUGUACAGUUAUAAUUAAAUUUCAACCCUGCUCACCAUAGAGCCUCCAGUAGCUUAAGUGGUUAGAGCAUCCAGACUAGAACUUGGAGGGUCGUGAGUUCAGUUCUCACCUAGAGCUCGGAAUUUUUUCCGAGCUUCCUGGUCGUAGAAUUCUCCUUCUUCCAAAUUAGAAAGUUUGUGUACUCUUUCAAAUCUGUUUUUUUAUGUACAUGUAGUUAUUUAUUGAAACAAUAAUACCGCUCUGUUAAAACAUAUUUAUUUGACUGCAGAUGCAAACAAACGGCUUUUUAGUUAGCCACCACUUUAUUUAUUUAUUUAUUUAUUUUUCAAUAUUUUAAUUUUAUUUGCUGAAGGUUUUACUGUUUUUUAAUUUAGUUAUUAAUAAUAUUACUCCCUUUUGAGUGGUUUAUAUAAAAAAGCGCAAUAUAAGUUCGACUCAAAAUUUCGGCAAAAGGUUAUUAUUAUUAUAAUAAUCAUUGUCAUUUCCUUCCUUCGUAACAUUUAGCAUUGCUACGUGCGACUUAAGUGGAGGUUUUUCCAGUGCUUUUGUACACGAGCCUCAUGUUAUGACAACAACAGAAGUCUUAGAAGCAAGGUACAGAAAUGCUCAUAACAUAAUAAUGUUAAUUUUAUUCACCAGCACAUCAUUAAUUUAUGAAAGAAGUCCUCUCAGUUAAAAGGUUCUUUUUAAAAAGGUUGCUGGCUCAGGAAAGCUCGGGAAGAUGGCUAAAGUUGGCACAUAUAAACUCCCAUGACUUUUAAUAUUCUCAACUGUAGUAUUUUACUAUAUUGAAUAAAUCCGAAGAUGUUCUUGUCUACAUUUGGUUAUUGUCAUGAAAAGAAUGAAGAUACACGUAGUUUGUACCCUUUUGAUGUUUAACUUAAUAUUCUGUUAACAUUGUGUUUAGAGUACAACUGUCAAUGGACAUUCAUCUGCGAGAUGUGCUUGAGGUGUCUAGGUACUGAAAAAGUCUUAUAAGUUACAUUAUUUUUAUGAAAAUGUCACAGCAAAUAGAUACGUACCCCAAGUAAGCGAAAUGUAUCUUACUGUAAUAAUAUAAUUUUGGUAACCUUGUUCUCUUUCUAUUCUGUAGUGAUACACCAGGCCAAGAGCUGUUAAGAUUUUGGAAUGUAAGUAUUCUUAACACUAGAAAACAGGGACUCUUGAGGGUCUGAGACCCUUAAAGAUUCUUUUUAAAGCAUGUCUUUAAGUUGGUUCUCAGCUUCAAAGGCCCAAUCUUCUUGUUUUGGACUUGCUUGAGAAAUUUGCAGCUUGUACUGUUUUGCUGACACAUAAAAAAUGUUACACUGUGAGAAAAGGCAAGAUCAAAUUUUGAUAGCAUAGUCUCAACCACUCAAAACAGCUGAACCCCAAAGGUUUGGUCCUUGUCCAAUCAGUUAGCAUUCCAAACCACCUGAUGUGCAUGCUAACAACAAUGGUAACUUAUUCGCUACCUUCCUUCUUCUCAAUGAGAUACAACUACUCAUUUUCUUAGUUAGAGGUGACCCCAGUAAGAUUAGUGAUGUACAGGUUGUUUUGAUUAGUUAUAACUAGCUGCAAGGAGGCCCAUCACAUCAAAGACAGUUCUUUCUGUAGGGACCUAUUUCAAGGCAAUGACUGAAGAUGUUGUCUUCAUUUGCUAAACUUUUUUUGGUGUCUUCGUUGGUGGAUGAAAUAAUCUACCUAUCAACGUCCUAUUUUGUACUUGUAGAUCACCUAGAAAGGCAAUAUCAGGAUAUUUGAAUAUAUUUCUUCAGUUCAAAGACCCUCAUGUGUAUGUGUCCAUAGAACAACAGUCAAUACCCACUUCACAGCCAUCUAAAAGUUUCACAGUCCAAAAGGUGCCAGAGGGCAUUUUGCUGUGUUGAAUGCUGUCUUUGAUUGACCUCCUACCUCUUUAUUAAUAAAGCUGAUCUUGUCACCUAGGAAGGCAACAUACACUGUACUUAAACAGUUAGCGUUUCUUUUCAUGAAGCCUCAGUUCUGCUCGUAGUGUCUCAUGGUGAUUUACCAUUUACAAGUGGAUAAUUUCUGCAAGGGAACACCUGCGCCAUCAACUGCUUAAAUGUUGCAGGAGUCAUGCAACAAAAAUGGAAUGAUGGCAACUGAUCAUACAAGCCAUCUUUUGCAGUGAAUGAUAUCUGUUGGUUGAUAUCCUUGUACUUUACAACUGACCAUGUCACCAGAAAAGGCAACUGGCCAAUUCAACAGGUGUUAUAUCUUCCUGCCUUUUUCUUAGUGCCUCCUCUUACAAUCCUUACUAUGCACUGCAUGCCAUUCCCCUGGUUCCAGUGACUUUGUUUGCGUGAUAAUAUCAAGGCACAGGGUGGUUCUCCCAGGAAGAGCAGCCAAUACACACUCGAUGGUGCAUGCUGAAAUGUCUUGGGGAAUUGCACCGCCCAAAAGAAAUCAACUCACUGAAAGUGGUUACUUCUGAGACGGUGCUAUUUCAUGCCAUGUGGUUGAUCAUUAGCCCCUCAAAAUUUCAAACUCAGAAACGUCUCUUGUUUAUCUUUGCCUUUAGGUUUUUUGAGUUCUCAUUUCUAAUUUUUAGCUCUUCAACUGUUUCUUAAAAUUAAAAUCUUCCUGACUUUUUCUUAGCCCUAUUCUCAGAAUCUUCAUGAAGCACUUAAUGAUGCAGUCCCUGCAGUCAUCUGUGUCUGGUAGACAAAAGAAUUAAUGCUGGCUUUUGACUGUGAUGCGGCCUCUUGUUCAUCUUUGACCUUAGAUUUCAGGAGCUCACUUCUCAUUUCUUGGUCUUCCAUCAUUUCUUAAAAAUAAUUAUUUAGGUAGAGUUCGUUUACUUGGUCCUUUUUAAUGGCUGACGUGUCAGUAUAUACUUAUAUUGUUUUUGUUUGUUUGUUUGUUUGUUUGUUUUUGCAGUGCUGUAAAAGAGAUCCUAAAACUUUAAUUCAGUCUUGUUUGACAGGUAAGGAGGACUUCUUCAUUACUUUGUCAACUUAAUGCCCCAGAUAUGAUCUAUUGCAGGCUGGUGGUAGGUAAAAUCUGAUACUUUACAGCACAUGAGAGAGAUAUCCAGGCCUACUCUGGAAGCAGGCACCACUCAGUCAUCAAAUGAUAGUAUUACACUGAAGAUAAACCAGUCAAGUCCUAUUAAGUUCAAGAGCCUAUACUUACCUUUCUCGCACAAAAAUACCAGGUGGGAUUGUGAUAAUCACAAAUGUGAUUUUGAAAGAUCACUUGAAUAUAGCAAAAAAGGGUCAGAACUCCCCAACUAGCUGUUUAUUCCUGCAUACACAUGCAGUCCCUUUGGUUGAUCUUACAGUCUACUUAAUAGAUUGGAGCAAAACUGCAGAUGGCAUCACCCAAGUUUAAGUUUGCAUGAAUUGAAUUAGCCUGAAUGCACAGUGACAUACAGUUUCAGAUAAAUGUUUUUUACCCUUUUUCAGAUGUUCAAGAGAAUUUUAUGAAAGGCUUCACUGAAGCUGUCAAUGAAGAAAAUAAUAAUAAUUCAAAUCAGGUAUGCAUUUUCAAUAAACUUUCUCUGAACUAGUUUUGCAUAGUGUUAGAUAAUAUGUUAGAAUAUAGCAGUCUUUAUUGCUUAGAAGCCUUGGUACAAAAGCAAAUAAAUUCUUAUUGUGGUUGGCGGGAAGAUAUGUCACAGUUUCUUGUUUCUUGUUUUUGUUUGUUUGUUUGUGUUCUGUAAAUAAAACAUUUACCACACUUGGACUGUUUCAAGUAAGAUAAUAUAGAUGACUCCUUGAAACUUGACUUGUUGCCUGUCUUCGUUCUUGUUCUCAAGGAAUAGUAAUUUAUUAAGGUUCAUUAUUGUCAUUACUGCAGAUAUUUAUUCAAGCAAAGAAACUAUAUUAUAGAGUUAUGGAAGCCAUGCUGCUGGCAGUAAGUUACCGCUAUUCACUGUGCUCUUGCAUUAUGUUAUUAAUACUUACAUUAUGAUUGGUCGUUUAUUAGUUUAUUUUGAAAUUAUCAUUUUUUACCAUAUGGUAAAUCCUCUAUUUAGCGUCCCUAUCUCUAAUAAGCCCCCCACCCCCUUUUGAGGGGAAGAAAGUGAAUAAGCCCCCCACCUAUCUUUUAAGCCACCCCUCCCCACCCAUUAUUCUUCACUAAUAAAUGAUAGACUCUAUUAAUCAAUCACGACUGUAAAGCUUUGUGUGGACUUAUCUGGGAUGGUUUAUUCACCAACUGGAAGUUCAGAUUUGUUUUUGAUCCUUGGCUGCAUGACCUCCAACUUGUCAUACUUGAGCUUUUCCACUUUGUAUUCUAGUUCUUUAUGAAGAAAUGGUACUUUCGUCUUUUCUAAAUUAAAUAAGCCCCCUAUCUCUAUUAAGCUUCCCCUCAAAUGGGCUUGAAAUAAACAAACCCCCAGGGGGCUUAAUAGAGGAUGUACAGUAAUAUACAAUAAAGUUGUUUACGAAGCCAAGUUUUCAUGUCUGCCAACACACGUCUGUUUUGUUUAUUCAACAGGAGGAAAAAAGGUUGUCCUGCAGUGAUUUCAGGUAAUUUCGUUUUAAACAUCACAUGCAAUACUAGUAGGUGUUAAGUGUCGUUUUCUGUCCCUUGUUCUAAUUUCUUUUGUGUAAUGUCAUUUCAGUGCCUUGCUGAAUAGUGCAUCAUUUCACAUUUCACUUAUGGCUUGCUCACUGGAGGUGCUUAUGGCUGACAAAGGACUUCCAUGUAUGUGAAUCAGGUCUAAUAUUUUGUAAAUCUGGGCCCAGUUGCUCGAAGCAUGGUUAGCGUUAACCAGCGUAUAAUACCUUGACAACGUAUUGGUUUUGAUAACCAAUGGUUAACAAGGCUGUGCUCCAAGGAAAAUUGAAGGGUGCCCAGUGCUCUGAACCUGUAAAAUCUAGGGUGCCCAGCAUAUGAUUUGCAUGAAAAAUUUGAGAUUUUCUAGUCGCCCAAGAGCAAAAGUUGUGUGCCAGGGGCCACCAGGCUCUGCUAGAGCACAGCCCUGGUUAAAGCUAACCAUGCUUUGAGCAACUCAGCCCUGGCUGUUAUGAACCUUGAUUUUGUUAUGUUAAUGUUUUUGUUAGUUUCUGAUGAUCAUUUGGCAGUCACUGUCUGUUAAACACUAAAAAAAUAAGGGUUAGGGUUAGGGUUAGGAUUAGGAAAUUUCACAGUGAGGUCGGAGCCAUGGCCCUCACUCCACUAACCCCCUCCCCUCAGGAAAUUGCGCCUCUGGCACAUAUUUAUUGCCUUACCGGCCAUGAAUGGUCCCUUACCUGCUGAGCUGAAAUUUAGGGAGAACACUGUUCUUUCGCUUGCUCGGUUUUAGCAUACUCUGUAAAGAAAAAGGCAAAAGCAGGCUCUGUUUGAGUUGUUCGCAAGGUAUUGAUCACAUAUUAGGUAACCCUUGAGUCUGGAUAAAUAGAUUAUUAUUUUGGAAAAAAGUGUGGAAAACGUCUUGAAUUUUGGAUCCAAAAAUCUGUAUGACCCCUGGAGAGGGAAAAACUGGAGUGCCAAGAGAAAAAUCUCUCAGAGCAAGAGAGAGAACCAGCAACCAACUCAACCCACAUUAUGUCAUCGACACCGGGAGUUAAACCCAGGGCCUAAUUGGUGGGAGGUGAGUACUCUCACCACCGCGCCAACCUUGCGCCCAUAUCAAAUAAGAGUUGGCAAUGACUAAAAUGCCGUAGUGGCUUUCUUUCUUUCUCUUCACAAGUUAUUGUAAAGUCUGAUAACCGUAUUUUUUGUUCAUUUUCAGCUGCAGCCAUUAAAUUUCCUUGGAUCCUCAAUGUCUUGGAGCUUAAGGUACAAACUGUGGUUUGAAAGGGGUACACUUGUACAUUUUUAUCCCCAUAAUGACCUUUUGGCAAGCUAAUAUUAAAGGCUUUUUUGACCCUUGCACAACAUAAUGCAUCCCUGUUCAAUUUAGCAAUGAUACCGUAAAAUUCUGAAAACAAGCUUCCAUGUACAAAUUUUUUGAUCCCCAAAUAAUGAAAACAAAGCAAAAAACGAAUAAAAGCCAAUUUCCCUCCAACAAUAAGUCCCUCAAAAAGGGCCUUUGAAAAAUAUAAGUCCCGGGGCUUGUUUUCGGAAUUUUACGGUAUUUUUAUUUCCUAAGUUCCUUUUUUAAUUCCAUGGCAAGCAGAUUCUUCAGCCUUUUUCGUUGACUCUCUUUAUAACGCAGAUUCCACAUUAAGACAAACAUUUAACCAAAAGUGUCUUUUCUAGUGUUAUCCUAUUAAAGAGUGUUAACAGUACAAAGAAACAAAUUUUAUUAUUUUGUUUUCAGGCCUUUGAUUUUUUCAAAGUCACCGAAAGUUUUAUUCUUCACGAGCCACAUCUUGGCAGUAAAUUAAUUAAGGUAGGAAGAGAAAGUGUGAUGUAUGCUUUGACAGAAGUAAGCGGCGUUACUAAUCUUGAUGUCAUGGUACUGUGAUGUCUGCGAUACUUACAGUUACACCCGAGAAGUCCUUAAGAACAAGACACCAGGCAUAUAUCUUUUGAAUUCCAGACCUUUUACACAGGACAAAAGAUUUUAUGUGUCAUUGUAGACUAGAUGUGAGUUUUCUCAAUUUCUUAUCAGGCACUUGUUAAACCUUAUAAGAUAUGUAACAGCAAAAAUGGAUAUUUUUUUCAACAACACCCUCUUUUGCUUACCGUUAAAAUACCACUUGAAGACAAGCCUUGAGCUAAGUGGAAACACUAAGCGUCUGUUGGAGAUCAAUAAAAAGUCAAUCACACAGCAUUUAUCAAUGUUUUUAACCGCAGCAUUGUAAUCUGUCACCUUUCAGCAUUUGAAUAGCAUUGAGGAGCAAGUGUUAGAGUCUUUGGCGUGGAAAGUGGUAGGUAUCGUGCAUCUGAUAUUGUCACGAAACUAUUAUAGUGCAAUUGGGCGUGGUUUCAGUAAUGAAGAGUUUUGGCGUCUUUCUCCAGAUGAACUGUCUGGUUACAUAAAGGCCUAAGCAUUUUCAGUUUAGGACUCCUUGGUUUUUUGAACUGGGACUCACUGAAUUUGGACAGGGACUCGUAAUUUUUCACAAGAUAAGUCCCAGGACUCACCAUAACUAUUUGUAACUAAAUCACUACACGUUCAAAAUUUUUUUUUACCGCACAUUACUUCCUUCAUUGAUUUUACAUAUUUGUUAUUUAUCCUCAUUUCAGAAUUCACCACUUUUGAUAACGAUGAUGGCUGUUGCCCCCCAUGUUGACCCUGCAUCAGUGUAAGUAUCAGGGAGGGGAGUGGAAGCUACUCGUACUGUUCAGUAUGGAUGGCAAGUUAACAAUCUCUGUCUUAUUACAUAUGUGAGAAUGCCAGACCAUUCAUUUUAGUUCCACCCUGAAAAUACAGAGAAUACAAACGUUUGUGUGGCUAUUAUGCCAUUACAAGUCCAUUCUACAGUCGUACACUGCGCGCCUUUUGAUGGCAAGUAUAGAUUACGACUGCGUACAAUACAGUACAGUACAAUACGAUACAAUACAAUAUAACUUUAUUACCUUUCCCUAAGGGCCCAUUCUGAGAUAAUUACAAAGGAAUAGUAAUUACCUUGAGUUACAAGCAUCAUUAAAAGCUAAGCUAAAAUCAUUCGUUACAAUUUAUACGCUAAAUGUGCGUAGACUGCAUUGUAGUAAAGUUUUUUUCUUUUUUAAUUGAAUCUGAAACCACUCAAGAAAAGAAAAAAAUGGUUUCUAAACAUUCUGUUACAUUUAAUUUUAUUAAAACUAGUUAAGUUAGCACAUGUUGAGCUUUUUAUAAAACAUCACGAUUAACCUGGGGAAAGUAGGAAAGUUUGCUUAGUCAACUUCAGCCGAACAUUCACUCACAGGUCACAGAUGUAAAGGUAAAUAUUUUCUUCUGCAGUUACAUUGUGUGUUUUGUUUGCAGACGUUCUGGUCAGCAGCAGAAAAAAUCUCAGCCAUUAAAUCUCUUUUCAAGAAAAGGUAGGAAAGUUGUAUUCCAUCAAUGAAAAGCAAAGAGAGUGGAUAUAUUACAGUUCAAAUUUGAUUUCAGGUUUAAUUUUUUAACCUUGGUCGAUUUUAAAUUUUCUUUGUCUUCUGGGGCAAGUAGGGACUCAAGAAUCGACCUAGGUUAAAACAAAAUUAACCUGAUCUGUAACAGAUACUGACUUGUUUGACUUAGUUGUUUUCUUCAGUGUGUCUAUCAAUCUGUUGUUUAUUUUCUAUAAUUUUGCAGUAAACCAGUUGGCUUACAAACGUUUACAGUCACUUUGCAAUGAACUUGAUAUAGAUGACACAUUGGUAAGUACAGUAGAGCAAUCCUUAAUAGAAGAUCUUAUUCUCUGUGGUUUUUGUAUGGCACGUAUCACUUUAAGUAUUUAGUGAUCGCAAGUCUUUCCUGUUAAACUGAAUGAUACGGUACCAAAACCAAUGAAGUUCUUUGAAAUAUUAUGCCGUACUGCAGAAGUGUUUCUGGAUUAUCAAAAUAUGUAAGCGUAAUUUCGUAUGACAACGUUAGUAGGUGUAUUUAAAAAAUCCUCCCGUUUUUCAGCGAAAUCACAUGUGGACGUGCUUGGAACAGUCAUUAAGAUUACACUGGCAGUUGAUGAAAGAUCGGCAUUUGGACCAGGUACGUUUGGUACACUUAAGGUAUGUUCACACUUAAACGCACGAAAAGCUAUCCAGUAUGAUACGAACACCUACCGAUAUGUGAUCGGCGCGGAGCAGCUUCACUCCGUUACAGAAAUCGCGCCGAAAUCACGGUUCUUAUGUAUAAGUAGAAGUCCCAUCCGGUAUGGCUUUUGUGCCGUCAAAAAAGCUAUCCGGUCUGAUAGCGUGAACAUAGCCUUUAAAACCUUUUUUUUUCUUCUGAGAUACGCUUCGGGCCAUACUCCUGACAUGUACGCGUGAUGUGUAAACUCCAAGUAGAAAAAAUUCAACUUGGUGUCUAUCCGUUACAGAUGAUACUGUGUGCAAUCUAUGCCAUCUCAAAGGUAACCGGUAAAGAAAUCCAGUUUAAACAGAUUGUCACCUCGUACAGAAGACUUCCUUUUGCAUCUCCACAAGUAAGUUGAUUAUCUAAUAUUUAUUCAUUUAGGGAUUCCUAAAGGUAGUAUGCUUAUUCAUCGAAAAAAGCGUUAUAUUUGUCAAUUGCACAUGAGCAGACCAUUAUUUGUGGGCAGUUACUUGCAGGUCACGUGGUGGGCUCUCGCCAAUGAAAAGAAAGAAAAAUUUGCUUCGAAUGAUAAUUGUUAAUUGUUUUCCUGGAAAGAGACAUUGCAUUCUGGUGAGAUCAACCUUUGCUCUGUAUAGGGUCUGGAAAGUUGGGUCCUGGUCUCACGUGCAUUCCCGCUCCUUUUUCACGAGAAUUGUGCAACCGAACUUCCUUCAUCCUGCUAUUCCGAAUAUCAUAUUCUUUCCCAAUCUUAGAUCCAUUCCCAAAUUUAGGCGAAUCAGUCCAAUCCCCUAUCCCGUCAACGUUUUCCCGAAUCCCGCACUGUAAUUUGGUCAAAUCGUGGAUUCUUGGAAUGCCCCCCUCUAGUUCCUGUGUGUAAUCUUUGGUUUGUGUGAAACGCUUGAAAAGUAACGUUAUGCUCUGCUGUUUAUCUACUCACCAAGGUAUACAUAAGUGCGCCUGGGAAGGAGCACGAAUCCAUCAUAGGAUUCUACAACAGCGUCUACAUGGUGGCCAUGAAGUCGACUAUCCUUCAAUUUGCGCCAAAUAAGGUCAGCAGCUGGCAUACUGUAAACUGCGGCUUAUAAGCCCCCCACCCCCUUCCCUUCUAGUUAUAGGUCCAUCUACUUCAAAACUCCUCCUUUAGUAUGUAUUGGAAUGAAUUUGAUUCAUUAUGAAUUUUUGAAGCUUAAAAACCAGUAGAUGCAAAACAUAUUUUGAUCACCACUGCUAUAGCUUGUUUCGAAGGGCCUUUUCUAUUCUGGUCAUAAGCCCCUUCGUUUAUAAUCCCCCUCAGAUAUAAGCCCCUCCGUUUUUAAGCCCCCUCGGAUAUAAGUCCCUCCGUUUAUAAUCCCCCUCGGAUAUAAUCCCCUCCGUUUAUAAGGCCUCCUAAACCCCGUACGAAGAUAUUUAUGUCCAAGACUUAUAAGCGGCAGAUUAUGGCAUUUUUCUUUCUUGCGACUGGUUACCAUGGAACUUCUUUAAUGUAACUAAGUUAUUACUGAAUUGACAGUAUGGUUCAUUUGAGGGCUGGGAAUUGUUGACUGCCACCAAGCAAUCGAGAUCACAAAUUUACAAAUGGAUGAUUGAAUGCAUUUAUUAAAGGUAGCGCUUUCUUUCUAGGUUCCACCAGUUUCUCCUGCUCCCAAGAGCUCCUUGAGGUUAGUUUUUUUGAAAACAAUUGUAAUGGUAAACCACUCCACUUUACGCCAGAGUCAUUGUCUUUCUUUCUAGUACAUUGUACAGUGACCUUUUUGUAACUUAAUAGUAAGAAUCCUCGUCCUUCCUUUUUCUUGUCCGUCACUUCCUUGUUCUUGGUUCUUUUCGCAUGAGUUGUGUGCAUUUUUUUGGUACAGUUUCUUAGCUGCAUUACUUCGAACAUUUCUCUUCUAAAAGUUGCCCUUUUAAUUGUUGUUGUUUUUUGCUAUUUAAGGAUUCCUGGAAAGAAAAAUUUUUACUUGUCUCCUUUGAGAAACUCACCAAGCAAUACUUUGACACCCAAAUCAAGGUGAGAGACUGGUGGCUUUGACGAUGUUGAGUUAAUUGUUUUACAGACUUCAAUGUCAGAGUAUCUUUUUCUUCCCUUAUUGUGAUAAAAGGUUGCUUCAGUCAGGAGGUUUUAGAGUCCUCUCACCGGUUUUUAAUAAUCUAAACGUACCCCACCCUACUCUUUCUGAGCCAGUGAGAGUAUUUAGAACGCUACCUUUUGAUGCCUGAGUGCGAUGGGCUGUGCCAGGUGUUCUUAACACUUCAAAGGUCCGCUUGUAAUAUACUUCACCUCACAAUAAUUGAAUACAAAGCUAGUAAAUGAGUACCUUGACUAGCUUAGCUAAUUGCGAACAAAGGAUAUUUUAAAAACUUUGUAAAUAUGGUGGACUGGUAACACUUUCAACAGUAUUAUAAAACACCCACCAGCUCUCCGGGAAAGAGAGUCACCCUACCAGCCUGUUCAACCUUAACGAGCAUUCAUAUUUGAGAAAAGUUGACCCUUCUGAUAACAGCACUCAUGCAUGCUCUGAUUGUCUUGCGUUGACAGAGUUGGUGCGACUGGGCGAGCCAGUGUUAACAGCUAUUUCGAGAAAAGUUGUCGGAAAAAAUGUGCUUUCGACAAUCCUGAAAGGCGAUAUGGCAUAUGAUCAAUACACUUUUCCUGACACUGUAGCUGUCAAACCUACUUUUGUUGCUUUCCUUUAGCACUCGUAAACAUACGUCCAUGGCCUCUCGUAUGGCCUGCGAAAAACGUAUUUCCGGUCGUCGCUUCUCUCCCUCCUCUCCCUCGGAGGGAGAGAAGCGACGACCGAAAAUACGUCUGCUGUUCGCAGGAUACCUCUAGUACCACUGUUUCAAAUUUCUUUGAAGAAGAGUGGACUCAAAACUACCCUAAUACCUUUCGGGAUUGUCGCGUGUACUUUUUCCGACAACCUUUCUCGAAAUAUAGUUGGCCCGGCUAGGAGGGCGAACCCUACCAUCGAAAAAGGGUGACGCGGCUAGGCGUUCUAGCCGAGCCAACGUUUUGUCGUUUUGUUCGUAAGGAAAUGUAGGAAACGUUGGCUUACUUGGGGUACCUCAAGUAGGGGAGUGACCCUUUUCCGCUGAACAAGUUUUCCCCAUAAACGGGGCCUCUGAUGUAUAUGUUGCAGUUAAUUUUUCUUUUAUUUCAGUUAAUUUUUGAAAUUAUGAGUAUAUGAAAAUCAUAUAUGUGAACUGCGGAGUGAAGAAUUAUUUGAAGGAAGAUCAUCCUAGUUAUAUACGCAACUUAUGCAGUUGCGAAAAGAAAGCCUGAAAAAACAUUUUUUCAGGCUUUUUUUUUUUGCAGCUGCAUAAGUAGCGUAUAUAACUGCGAUGAUCUUCCUUCAAAUAAUUCAGUUAAUUUUUGUUUUCCCUUUGUUUCAAAUUUGUUAGCAUACAUUAUCAUACCCAAAAACUAUUCCUUUUUUGUGUGUUUCUCUAUUAGAUCAUUAUACAGCUUUGGGGAUUCACCUGGGGUAAGUUAAGCUUGAAAUAUCAACAGUGUGUAAUGCAAGGCUCUUGUAGUAAACUGUUAGUUGAGUUAAUUGAUGUCAGACCUGCCUAGCAUACAAGGGAACGGGAUCGCAACCAUUACUGGCAAACUGUGUUGGCUCAUGUAGCAUGUUGUAUCCUGCUGUAGUUCGUUUUACUGUCAAAAAAGUACUGGUGACAAAGCUCUCACGUUACCCUUUCCGACAGGAUUGGUGUUGCGUCAAGAAAAAGCACCGAUAUUCCUGCAGUUCUGUAAUACUUGUGGCUAAGUAAACUAACUGAUGUUUUUGUAUUUUCUAGUCUGGAGACCGAGGAAGCCUGUCGAGAAUCAAUGCGUCCCUUCGAGCAGCGGUGCACAGUCAGACCAAGGUGCCACAGAAGAGACUACGCUUUGACGACUAUGACAUUAAAGAACCCGGUUCAGGCCUCUAUAACGGUCACUCUACAGAAAAGGAACUCGCGGCAAGUGUCAAUGGAACAAACGGAGAGGCAAGAGAACAUGAAACUGAAGAGGACAAUAACAGUUGAAGACUGGACAAGACGUUAAACCCUUCCUGCUCUAAUAAGCGCCCAGAUCAUAAAAACUGCAAAAUAAGCGCUCCUCCUCUAAUAAAUGCCUUCGACCCCAAGAAUGAACAAACUUUGUUACUGAAUGCACGUUAUACCGCGUUACUAAGCUAAGUGAAUUACCACGCACUCAAAUUUGUGCUAAUGUAUGCCCCAUUUUGAUGUAACAGUUAUUGUAGGGCCACCCUUAAAACAAUUUAAUGUGAUAUCACAUGACUGAAGUUUACAUAACCCAAUGAGCGCCCCUCUUCUUGCUUCAGUAAUUUAACCAAACACUAGUUCGCGCAUUUACGGUAGAUUUUAACGGAUUAGCGCGUCUCGACACUUUUAAGAUUUUUAUCUUAGUCGUAGUGGCGAACGCCUAAGUAUGUAUUUGUAAAAACUUACCUUAAUAACUCUGUCGCAAAAGUAGCUACCUAGUAGCUCUGAUUUUUUUUCCCCAAAACGUCAUUUUGACUGGUGGCAAUUCGGAGCGAGCGACUUUUUCUUUGGGACAAGCCUUAUAUUCUCUGACUGAAGUCAUAACAGUGUAUGCUGCUAUACUUUUUUACGUGCAACAAGAUGAACUUACUCCUUUUGUUUCAUUUUGGAAACCUAGUUUUGAAUGAGCUAACUAGUAAGGAGAUCCUCUACUAAGCGGAACGUAUUUUUUUCUCUCCCGGGAUGGCCACUGAAUACAAGAAUUAAAACUGUGUUCAGCGGCCGCACGCUUGUGCUUCCGAAAAAAAUGCGGGCGUUUGGGAGAACCGUGAUUUGAUUCCUUCUUCGGUAAGAAGAAAUAAUUUUACUUCAAUUUGAAGAUGCGUUAAGCUCAUGUGAAACUACUGUACAUGUAUUUAUGUCUUCUUUUAUCCUUACUUAUAUUAAUUGCCUGUGAUUUCAUCAAACUCUCAAAUUAAAC